GACCUGGCCGUCUUGGUUGAAUUUAUUGACAACCAACUGCAGUACUCUGGGCAGCUUCACGGAUACCGAUGGAUGUACACUAAAUGCAGGGAACAUGGACUACGCGUGAGGAAAGAGGAUGUGCGCUUGGUGUUGAAGGAGCUGGAUCCCCGAGGCGUCGCACUGAGGCAAGCAAGACGUUUCAGGCGAAGGAACUAUUUUUCAAAAGGGCCGAACUUCAUCUGGCACAUGGACUCAUACGACAAACUGAAGCCAUAUGGCAUCUGUAUCAAUGGUAGUAUUGACGGUUUCUCGAGAAAAAUAAUCUGGCUUAAUGCAUACACAACAAAUAGUAAUCCGAAAGUGAUCGGGGGGUAUUACAUAGAAGCGGUGCAGCGUUUAAAGGGCUGCCCUAGAGUUGUGAGAGGCGAUCUUGGAACUGAAAAUGGCCAUGUUAGAGGCUUUCAGCGUUUCCUUGUGUCCGUGGCUCCUAACGACACCCUUCAGAGUUACUUGGAGGGAGCAAGUACCGCCAAUCAAAGGAUUGAAUACUGGUGGCGUUUUCUUCGCAGCCAGUGUCUGGAGUUCUGGUUAUCCUUAUUUGCAGACAUCAGAGACAACGGGUACUUUGAUGGUGGGUUUCUGGACAUAAACCUCCUUCAGUUUUGUUGCAUGGGACUCAUCCAGGAUGAGCUGGAUGACACUGCACAGGUUUGGAAUGCACACUCCAUCAGGCCAUCAACAAACAUCAAUAUCCCCAGUGGGCGACCUAAUGUAAUGUAUACAUUACCUGAGCUCUACGGGACAAGAGACUUCCUUUGCCCCACUGAAGAAGAACAUGUUGAAAUGUGUAAAACUGAGUGUGUUUUCCGACUGACCAAACCAUGUGACCCCGAUGUGUAUGAACUAUGCAAUAUCCUCAUGACCGAGUCCCAUCUGACUCCACCAACAGACCCAUAUCAGGCUGUGAACUUGUACAUGCAUCUAAGAGAGAACAUCGUGGCAUUAGUGUAAAUUCCAUACACUGCAGCUGAGAACGUUUCUCAAAAUUGACCUGUGCUAUAUGUGAGAAAGCUAACUUCUGGAUAUUUAACAGACUUUAAACUGUAAGCUUUCUAGUACACAGUCAUUUAUGAGAAUAUCUUAUAUAGAAAUAUUUAUAAUUGUGUUCCAGGAGGGUCAGUGAACUAAAGUAUAAAGGGAAGUCUCUGCCUGUUAAUGAUAUUCUGAGUGUUCUUUAGCACAAAAACAUUGUAAUUUUCUGUCAAAUGUUAUCAAGUUCUAUGUCUAUGUGUAUUACUUCGGAUUACUUUACCUGUCUAUUUGGCUUGAUACAUGGAUCAAAACAUAAGAGAAGUAUUAAUUUAAUGUGUUAGGAGUUUUAAUGUACAGUGUUUACUAGGAUAAUGGUGGUUUAUGUUGAGUAUUUUGUAAUAAUUUUUAAAUGGUGAGUUGGUAUUUACACCAUCUCUAUUUGUUAAUGACGGGAAUGUUUACUUGUUGAUGUUGGCUAGAAUACAGUUUAAAAUCGAAGAGAUAUUCUAUUAUGCCUUGUUGCUCUAUAUAUAUUAUAACGCCCACUGUCACACUGGCAGGCUACAUGAAAUGGUACUAAGGGGCAUUAUAAUCUGAGGGGGGACACCUUUAGCAUUUUUCUGAACUCAAGUUUCUCUGUCUAAAAAUAUAAUUAUUUGAUGUAAUUUUUGCUAUUUUUUUUAAACUAUUUACUGUGAUUCCAGACGAGCUUUAGUUUUUUAAUGUUGGUUAAACAAAACUGAAAAAAUAAAGAACUAAAUCAAGACAUUUUGAACUCUUAGAAUUUCAAAUAGAUAUAAACAUUCUUUUUUGGCUACUGAAUUUAAUCUUAAGCUUAUUUUAUCAGCUGAAUAAUAAAUUCUCUGCACCCACCUAUACUGUUGAUGAACAGCAAUUUCAUUCGAAUGCUAUUUUUGAAAAACUCGCCACUUCUGAAAGGAUGAUAUGUGUUGUUGAACUAUCGGACAAAUAAACUGAAAUCUAA